AUGACGGGCGGCCGGUUCGACUUCGACGAUGGCGGCACCUACUGCGGCGGCUGGGAGGAGGGCAAAGCGCACGGGCACGGGCUGUGCACCGGGCCCAAGGGGCAGGGCGAGUACGCGGGCUCGUGGGCGCACGGCUUCGAGGUGGCGGGCACGUACACCUGGCCCAGCGGCAACACCUACCACGGCCACUGGGCGCAGGGCAAGCGCCACGGGCUGGGCGUGGAGGCGAAGGGCAAGUGGACGUACCGGGGCGAGUGGGCGCACGGCUUCAAGGGCCGCUACGGCGUCCGCCGCAGCCUCGCCAGCCCCGCCCGCUACGAGGGCACCUGGAGCAACGGGCUGCAGGACGGCUACGGCGUCGAGACCUACGGGGACGGAGGUACUUACCAGGGACAGUGGACAGGCGGGAUGAGACACGGUUAUGGUAUGCGGCAGAGUGUUCCUUACGGCAUGGCAACUGUGAUUCGGUCACCCCUCCGGACAUCUCUGGCUUCGCUCCGUAGUGAGCAGAGCAAUGGCACUGUUUUACAUGACAUUACCUCGGACAGUCCAGCUGGUACAAGAGGAGGGUUUGUCUUGAAUUUUCACAGUGAUACCGAAAGUCUUGGUGGUAAGAAAAAAGGAGGCUUGUUCAGAAGAGGUUCCCUUCUCGGUAGUAUAAAACUUAGAAAAUCAGAAUCAAAAUCGUCUAUUUCUAGCAAACGUAGCUCUGUCAGGAGCGAUGCUGCUAUGAGCAGAAUUAGUUCUAGCGAUGCCAAUUCUACCAUUAGUUUUGGGGAUGGGGACUGUGAUUAUUGCCCAGUGGAAGACCAUGUUGACGCUACCACAACAGAAACGUACCUGGGAGAGUGGAAGAAUGACAAACGUAACGGCUUUGGUAUUAGUGAGCGCUCCAAUGGUAUGAAAUAUGAAGGGGAGUGGCUAAAUAAUAAGAGGCAUGGAUAUGGAUGUACCAUGUUCCCGGAUGGCACCAAGGAAGAGGGGAAGUAUAAAAACAACAUUUUGGUCCGUGGAAUAAGGAAGCAGCUAAUACCAAUAAGGAACACAAAAACUAAAGAGAAAGUGGAACGAGCAUUAGAAGGCGCCCAGCGUGCAGCAGCCAUGGCCAGAACCAAAGUGGAAAUUGCAACUUCAAGAACUGCGCAUGCAAGAGCUAAAGCCGAUGCUGCUGACCAGGCUGGCCAGUCUGCCCGUCAAGAGUGUGACAUUGCCAGAGCAGUCGCCAGAGAACUUUCCCCAACUUUUUACCAACCAGGCCCUGAUUAUAUAAAGCAAAAAUUUCAAGAGGGUAUGGAUGUUAAGGAAAACCCUGAAGAAAAAGCUCCAGAAAAACCACCUUCACCAAAAGAGUCUCCUCAUUUUUAUCGAAAAGGAACUACGCCUCCUGGAACCCCAGAAGAGAGCCCAAGGCAGAGUCCUCAGCGCUCUGCUGAGCCUUCUCCUGCAAAACAAGUCAAAAAGCAGAAUUCCACCUCACAAAGACUCAUUCAAGAAAAAAAUGAUACAACCAGUGAUAAUACAAUGCCUAUAGUUAACAAGCCUUUUCCUUUGAAAUCACCUGUGAAAGCGGAAAUAUUGGUUAAACAACAGCCAAAGCUCUCACCCCGCAACAAUCCUACCAGCAAGGAUAAAGGGGAGUUUCAUGAUCAUUAUCAUGGCUACUAUGUGAAAAUGAAUCCAACAUUGUAUCCAUAUGAGCUUGGGGAAGACGAGGACCAUGCCAACCCAUCAUCUUCAGCACUUGCACUAGUAACACCAUCUCCGAAGCCAAGCCCUGUCAGAUCUGGGCUUCAUUUAGAUGCCAAAGAAUCAUUAAGGAAAUCUGAAUUCACUUCACCAAAGAAUCCAGCUAAUAACAACUUCCAUUCUUCAAUGGAACGAGAAGUCAAUUCGGGUCCUAAUUCAAUCAUGAUUGCCCUGGUAAUGCUGUUGAAUGUUGGUUUAGCCAUUCUUUUUGUCCAUUUUCUAACUUGAUUGGAAUUGAGAAAGUGAAGUCGUGACAACUAGUGGCGUAAACCACAGUUCUCAGCAGUUGUGUCACCAGCCUUUAAAUGGCACGAGUCAUGUUCAGACACAGGGAAAAGAGGAGGCUUGGAAUUAGGAUGGGACGCGAGAGAGAGAUGAAACUUGGAAAAUUCAGCCAGGGGCCUGAACAGUUCCUCUGCUGAGGAUUUGUGGCUUUGUGGUCUUCUGAAACCUGAAGCAAGCACCCAUGUUGGAGGGAAGAAAAAAACACGCGGAGGCACACUCAAGCUUGUUGAAGCAGCCCAACCAGUGAAGUGCGUUGGUUACUCCAUCUGUUCUAGCAGAGAGUGUGACUAAACUGGUAAUGUACGGAGCUGCACUUUUGUUGAUGGAAGCAAACAGCUGCCUUAUUAUUUUGUCGUCUGAUGGUUUUGGUGGGGGAGACGGGAAAACGACUGCCAGAGGAAUGUGGUCAGAGGAUUCUAUUGCUGUGGAAGUGAUUCCAGUGUUCACUCCUAUCUCAUUAGAAGAAAUAGUUAGCAGCAUCACUCACCAGUCUUAUUCCAUUACCUGCUGCUUUUAAGAUCUCCUUGCAGUUUUCUGGGAGAUUGUGUUUCAUUUGCUUAUGCAUGAAUCUGUUCAUUACUAUUUAUUUAAAUCCUAUGUACAGCCAUUAUAUCGUCAUGUAGACCUGCCUGGAAACUUGACUAGUUUUCACCCUGCAUCAGAAAGUCAGAAAUAAAGCCUGUAGCAUAUGUGCAGUGUAUAUGUA